UUGGCUUUUCCUUGGUGCGUGUCGCCUCGAAAACUUCUCGUUGUGCUGCUUACGUCGAGACGACGCGACGAUGGGAACUCUCUUCUCCUGCUUCUCUCCCGCCGCGCCGGCGGAGACGAAGAGGAGGCGGCGCGGCAUCUCAUCCGCCCAUCCGCCGCAUACCGGCGUGGCCGCCGACCCCGCAGGGUCGAGCAGAUACCGGUCGGGGAGGAAGGAGCCGGGUGGGGAGGGCCUGACCCAGGAGCAGGAGCAGGCCCUGGCGGCGGCGGCGAAGGCCGCGGCCUCGUUGCUCCUCCGCCAGAACGGCGGGGCGGCGGGGGUGGCGGAUGUGCUGUUAGACCGGUCUUCCUCCGUCCGCGACCGGCCUCCCGCCGGGAAGAAGAAGCAGGCGCUGCCGAGGAGCUCCAGCUCCCGGCCCCGCUCCCUCGCCGAUCCCCUCGUCCAACCUCAGCAGCUCAUCAAUCAGGAUGUAAAGAUUGACGAUUUGGAGACCAAUCACUUUGUUCUUGUCCAUGGAGGUGGCUUUGGUGCUUGGUGUUGGUAUAAAACUAUUGCGCUUCUAAGAGAUGGUGGAUUUAAAGCCACUGCCAUAGACCUGACAGGUUCUGGAACUCACGCUUUUGAUUCAAACAACGUUACAAGUCUUUCCCAGUAUGUAAUGCCACUUACUAGUUUCCUUGAGAAGCUCAGUGAUGGGGAGAAGGUUAUUUUGGUGGGACAUGAUUUUGGUGGUACCUGCAUAUCAUAUGCCAUGGAAGCAUUUGCAUCUAAGGUUGCCAAAGCUGUUUUUGUUUCUGCAGCUAUGUUGACAAAUGGUCAGAGUGCUGCGGAUAUGCUUGCUCAACAGGCACUCUCAAAUGACUUGCUGCAGCAAGCCCGGAUAUUUUUGUAUGCUAAUGGAAAUGAUAAUCCUCCUACUGCUGUCGACUAUGACAAGUCACUAUUACAAGACUUAUUCUUCAAUGCAAGUCCUGCUAAGGAUGUUGUAUUGGCUUCUGUUUCUAUGAGGCCCAUCCCCUUUGCGCCUGUGUUGGAGAAGAUAUCACUUUCAGUGAAGAACCAUGAUUCCAUUAGGAGAUACUAUAUAGAGACCACCGAGGACAAUGCACUACCCCUUUCCCUACAGAAGAGCAUGUGCGGUUUGAAUCCUCCGGAACGGGUUUUCCAGCUGAGAGGAGCUGAUCAUUCACCAUUUUUUUCCAAACCUCAAGCACUGCACAAGUACUUAGUGGAGAUCGCAAAAAUUUCCUCCUGAAACACAUUGUAACUCUUUCUGGAAGGAUUCCCAUGACUAAUCUAUUGCCUGCACUCAUGGCCAUACACAUGAUGCAGAUGCUUGCAUGCACAGCUUACCUUGGUCCCUUAUUCGCAGAUGCAUGCAUAUUGUGAGUGGCCCCGGCUUGUUGUAUCCUUCUUUAGCCUCAUAAUGGAUAUGGCAAUUUGAGUUCUCAGCAUCAUAGCAAGCCUGUUGAUGCCUGCUAAGCCCCCUUGAGGCUUGUUCCAAAUUGACUAUUUGAACCAUUUAUUUUGGUGGUGCUUCUUUCAGAAAUUUUUGUUGUGAGGCCAUAAGCUCUGUUUUUGUGAACAUUGUGCCAUGUGAGAUCAUUUUGUUAUUCUCAGAUAUCAGCAAGACUACAGGGUGGGUGGUGGAUUAUGCCUUCA